AUGGCUCCGAAGCCCAAGACGAAGGCAGAGCUCAAGGCAGAGGCAGCGGCGGAAGCAGCUCGACUAGCAGAGAUUGCUGAGCAGGAGCGACUGGAACGGGAGAGGAGGGAGGCAGAGGAGUAUGCGGCCGCACAGCAUGCUCGGCGAGAGAAGAUCAAGAGCGCGGGGGAGGAGCUUCAGUCACAGGACGAGGAAGUACAGGAGGAGCGGAGGCAGCGAGCUAGCGAGGUUGCUCUCAUGCAGCAGAAGGAGGAGGAAGAGCGAGAAUCCGAGCGGUUCUUCCAACCGACACACCUGCCGGAGCAGGACGUGAGGGAUGAGGCUGAUCUGAACUCCUACAUCCACGAGCUUCAUGUCCCAGACUCCAUAAACAUGUUGCAAGAUGCUGUCAAGCAAGCUGACGAGAUGCUCUUCAUCUGUCAUGAGUUGUCCGUGUACCGGGAAGAUGCAAAGUCCAACAACAGCAGCGCUUGCCAGUCGUGCGAGCAGUUUCGAAGGCGCCUCUUCUCCGAGAUGUUCUCGACCUUCGACAAGAUCUGCAAACAGCUGUUGCUGCGGCGAGACGAGUUCACCAACGAGAAACACGAGAUGCAGCUGUCGCAGAGGGGGACGAGGAUGCGACUCGGGCUGUGGGUGAAUGUUGCGAAGAACCUGAGGCUGAAGGCUGUGGACUACUCAGACCUUGGCCUCGGCACGGACAUUCCUCGUCCCAUCAUCACCAACAACGUCGCCCUGCGUCUGCUGCACGUCCCCGACGACCCGUUUGUCUUCGGAGAGAGCGACCAGUUUGCGUGUACCCUGGGAGGGGUCCUCGUCAUCGAGAUCUUGGAGAUGGAGCGUCUCCCCAAGGUCGUGAAGGGAUGGCACAUGCUGGAGGUGAAAGAAGGAGACGAUAAAGCGAAGAAGAUCGAAUAUGGACCUGUUGAUCCCAUCACUGGGAUCAGAGAGAAGGUCCCUCCUAUGACGGUGAGGUACACCUUGCCCGAGGACAUCCUCCUCUUCGAGCCUCCGGUCAUCGCGCGAUACGACCAGACUAGUCAGACGUGGGUUGAAGAGGACAUCAACGACACUGUCGUCUCCGAGGACUCUCCUCCCGUCGUGUCGUUCUCCUCCCGCCAGCUCGGUCCCUUUGCGAUCAUGCAGGACGUCCGUCAGCACCUCCCGUAUCUUUCAUGGGAGCUGUCGCCGCUGGAAGCAGGAGGCUGCAGGAUUGACCUGCAGACUCAGAGCUGCUCCUUGCAGAUCGAGGUUUCAAAGCACCAUGGUGGACGGAGAGUGAGGGAGGAGGGAACCACGAGUGCGGCAGCUCACGGGCUGAACAGGAAGAAGACAGACAAAGUCUCGCCUGCUGUUUUGUUCUUCCACCUGAGGGAGAUGGGAGUCUUCCUGGAGCCAGAGCUUGACCGCAACCAUCUGAGCUUGAGGAAGAAGAGCCUGGAGAUUGAGAUGGACGUCUGCAGAGGGAUAAGCAGGAUUGCACAAGACUUCUCGGUCAAGAUUUCGCAAGUCAACAAAGAACUUCCUCCCUACAUGGCUGCCGUUUCGAUCAAGCCUGCGGAGUGGGCGGGUGAGAGAGAUGCGGGCAAGGACGACUGGCGUCUUGCCUUGUUUAGGGAGAGAGGAGAAGCGAAAUUCGAGGUCGAGGACGAGCUGAGGUGCUGCUACGUUGUUCCGGACGAGGUCCUCAAGCAAAAGCAGCCGCCGCAGGAGGAGGAGAAAGAUGUGAACAACGAGGCUGCCGUUGAAAGCCAACCACCCGAACCAACAGAGGAAAAGAGCCUAAAAGACAAGGUGCUAAAGAGGCUGCGGCUAGUCAGCUACGAGGCUGAUCCGGUCCGAGCUCUGAGCGAAACCCCUGGCGGCGAGAAGGAGGAGGAGGGGCAGGAGGAGGAGGGGCAGGAGGAGAAGCAAGAGGCCGGCGGAGCUGAACUGCAGGAGAAGGAGGAAGUGAAGGAGGAGGAAGAGAGUGAGAGGAUCUACCUUGAGGGGAGGAGGCUGACGAUGGCUGCAGACAAGGCGGUCAAGGAUGAGAAGCCAGCUGAAGGAUAG